GCAUGUCGUUAGUAGAGGCUGAGAGGCGGCAGAUCCUGGGCGAGAUGAGGAAGAGGACGGCUCUGCUGACCGACAACAGCUGAAUGCGACAACGCUCAACCUCUGACAACAAACAACCAACCAACCGGAGAGGGCCUCUGAGGAGGUACGACUCUCUGGACAACCUUCCCUCUUCCACCACCCUGCUCUCUAACCCCCAACGCCCCCACUCCUCCCUGGGUUUCUCCGCCCCGUACCGCCCCCCCUCCUCCCGGCACAGCAUGGGUGUGGCCCUGGGGGGUCACUCCAACGGGACCCAGAAGCACAGCCCUACCUGGCCCCGCCCCUUCAGCACAUCUUCCCCCCCGCCCAACACCGGAGAGGAACCCGCCACCGGCGAAUCACGACCCGUCUCACAGCAGCACCACCGAGUGCUGACUUCUCGUCAGGUGUGUUCAGUGUGUGUGUGUCCUAUGGGCAGAGGGGCUGCCAUGGUCAUUGAGACCCUGAACCUCUGCUUCCAUCUGGCCUGUUUUCAGUGUGUGGACUGCAGGUGCCGACUUGGAGGGUCAGAGGUCAGAGCCCAGAUCAGAAUCAGCAACGGGAAGCCUUACUGUGACCCCUGCUACAUCCGACUCAAGUCCCACCUUGCCACCUCCCUGUGACCAGAAUGCAUUGCAGCAGAUUGAGGAAGAGACGACGACGACAUCAACCUCGAACACGACGGUGGAGAUCUUGACUAUGACCUCGUGUUGACCACGUAUUUAGAGCUGGUUGACCUUUCUUUUAGGGAACAAUGUACCGAUUUAUACUAUUGGCUUGUGACUCAAAUGGCUUCCUGUUCCCUACAUAGUGCACUACUACCCAUAGGGCUCUGGUCAAAAGUAGUGCAUUAUGUAGGGAAUAGGGGGCAGUUUGGGACAUGUCUCAAAGAUUCAGUUUUGGUGUUCUUCCUAGAUAAUUAACUACUAUACAUGUCCACAUACCUUAUGUCUCUGACUAAGAUGCAGUUUUGGCGUUCUUCCUAGUUAAUUAACUACUCUACUUGUCCGUAGCUUUUAAUAUGCAAUCGAUGGCUAUCCACAACAAUAGCUGGACACGUGUAGUUAAGAGCUAUAAGGGAGUUUUAAAUCACAGUUGUACUUGGGAUUUGUUUUUUUCUUGUUGAUGAAGUAAAUUGAUAAAUGAGGCUCUAUUAAAUGAAUCUAAUAAAUGUGAGUGUUGUAUUGGA